AUGGUCGACGUGUACGACGUCCGCCGGAGGUGCGCCCAAGCCGCCGCGCUCGCCGAUGCCGCAACCCAGGCACUGCCGCGCCCUCAGCAGCAGCAGCAGCAGCAGUUCCAGCAGCAGUUCCAGCAGCAGCAGCGCCUGCACCGCUCCACGUCGGCACCGCAGCAGUACCAGGUCCACCCGUCGCCGCUGCUGCAGGCCCAGCAGCAGCCCGCGCCACAGCGCUCGCCGCCCCAGCCACAGGGCCAGCACCAGCAGUACAGCUACCAGCAGCACCAGCAGCACCGCGCCAACCUGCUGCGCUCCAACAGCAUCAACAACGGCAGCAGCGCCAGCCUCAACAACCUCAGCUCCAGCCCCAACACCCACAACAACAUGGCCACCAACCCGGCCACCGCCUACGUCAACGGCGCCUUCUCGACUCCGCUCCGCGCCGACAACACGUUCCUCAAGAUGAACAACGCCACCCAGAGCUACCCGCUGCACAUCAAGGGCGUGCCCUACGCCACCACCUCGCGCCUGCAGACCCUGGACAUUUGCCUGCCCCGUCCGCUGAGCGAGAGCCCCAAGGAUGCCGUUUGGGUAGUCUACAUCCACGGCGGCGCCUGGCGCGACCCCCUCGUCAGCUCGUCCUCCCUAACCCCAGCAGUCCACCACCUCCUCUCCCCCACCCCCAUCCCCGCCACCACCUCCCCCUCGGCCAUCUCCUCCCCCGCCGGCAGCAACCGCAACAGCACCAGCAGCAGCAACGGCGGCCACAGCACCACCGGCGCCGGCGGCCACCACCACAGCAGCAGCACGAGCAGCAACGCCGGCGGCGGCGGCAACAGCACCACCACCAACAGCCCCAAACGCGCCCUUUCCCACAUCGCCGGCUUCGCCUCCAUCAACUACCGCCUCAGCCCCUACCCGCAACACCCCACCGCCCCCUCCCUCUCCCCGACCUCCAGCAUCCCCGCCCGCCACGAAGGCCGCAACGUCACGCACCCCUCGCACGUCUCGGACGCGGCCGCCGCCCUCCGCUGGCUCCGCUCCGAAUACGGCGUCGGCGGCGAGUCGGGUCCCGACGGGCCCCCCGCGCGCGACUGGGUCGCCGUCGGCCACUCGUGCGGCGCGACGCUGGCGUGCCAGCUCGUGGCCGACGGCUGGCUCGACGGCAGCGAGUUCGACAAGGUGGCGGCGCCCGUCGGCGUCGCGGCCCUGUGCGGCCUCUACAACCUGCCGCUCCUCGCCGAGAACCACGCCGACUGCCCCGCCUACGAGGAGUUUCUGCAGGCGGCCUUCGGCGGCGACGAGAGCGUCUGGCUGCGCGCCAGCCCGACGGCGCUGGCGGCGAAGCUCGGCGAGGAUCGUUGGCGCAAAGGGAGGUGUGUGGUCCUCGCCGCCAGCCCGGACGACGAGCUCGUCGAGCCGAUGCAGAGGGACGUCAUGGUCAGGGCGAUGGAGGAGGGCGGCUGGGUGAGGAGGGAGGAGGGCGGCGGGCCGGAUGGCAGGGAGCUGGUCUUGUUGGACGUCGAGGGCAGGCAUGACGAUGCGUGGAGGGAGGGCAGGGGCGUGGCGAGGGCGAUUGAGGUCUUGGUCGGUCGGCUGUUUGGGGCUGCGGGGCGGAAGGAGGGGGAGUUUUUCUAA